AUGGUAUACAAUAUCACCGCUGAAAAUUAUUCCUUUUGGGAUUUUAAAGGAGAAGUGGAUUACGUAGACAAAUGGUUUCUGAUGUCUACUCCAAUACCGGUUCUGUCAAUAUGGAUAACAUAUCUCGCGUUCGUUCUCAAAAUUGGACCGGAUUUCAUGAAAAAGAGACCUCCUUUCAGUUUGAAUAAUGUACUCAUUUUUUAUAACGUUUUUCAAAUUAUGUUCUCUUGCUUCGUCUUCUAUGUGGGGUUUGAUCUGCUACAACAAAAUGGAUUGUUUUUGCAAAGAAAAUGUUUAUCAGACAGUGAGGAUUUAAAACAUUAUACUGCUGUUGGAAUAUAUUAUUACUUUUUUGCAAAAUUAACGGAACUGUUCGACACAGUUUUCUUUGUUCUAAGAAAGAAAGAUCGUCAAGUAACUUUCCUCCACGUCUACCAUCAUUCCGUCACAUUGUUGAGUAGCUGGGGCGCCUUGAAAUAUGAACCCUCAUACAGUACUAUAUUCCUCGGAACAAUCAAUUCCUUUGUGCAUAUAGUUAUGUACGCAUACUACGGAUUAUCAGCCUUUCCCGAUCUCAGUAAAUAUUUAUGGUGGAAAAAAUAUAUAACAUCUAUGCAACUGAUACAAUUUUUACUAAUUGUUCUCCAAGUAAUGGUUAAUUACAAAGUAUCGUCAUGUCGACCAUCUUAUGGUUUACUUUUGACAAUUGUUUUAAAUACUACAUUAUUCAUGUUUUUAUUUGGUGAUUUUUAUAUUAAAUCGUAUCAGAAUAAUAGUAAAAAAGAUUCCUUAACCAAAAUUACAAAAACCAGUGCAACUGAAAUCAGUGAAAAAUUCAAUUCGAAAUAUUCUAUAAACACAAGUUAA